AUGGCUCAGAAGGACCCACAGUCUAGCUUGCUGCACCAGGAUGCUUUAGAUUUCGAGCAGCGAGCUGCGCUAGAGAGAGAGCUGAGCCGUUCUCCUCUUCGUCUUCACCAAAAUAUUUUAUUUGAUUCUUCUUCUUCUUUUCUUCUUUAUCCUACACUCUUAGGCGUCAAGGUUGUUAACAUAUUAGACAACAGAGUUUCCCGCUUCAUCGGCCGCCACGAGCAGGGCCUGCGGUACCUGGCGAUUGCUCUGCAGCAGCCAUACAUAGCGCGACGCGUGGCGAAGACGACUGCUGGGGCCAACGAUGCGAUAUUGGUGGCUUCUGCGUUCAAGAAGAAGAGGGUUUACUUCUUCACUGCAGAUGCCCCGUCGGAUGCCAUAUUGGACACGCGAGACGUCUUCAAUGAGAAACCGUCUAAAGAAGAACAAGAAUCCUUGAGCGCUGCAACGGGUGGAUCUGCAAUAACUCCUGCUGAGCGUCUGGGUGCUACUGCUACGCUGCAUACAACAUUCGGAGAUAUUCGGGUGAAGUUGUUUGGGGCUGAAUGCCCCAAAACAGUAGAAAACUUCACCGUGCAUGCACGCAACGGCUACUACGAUAAUAUGGUGUUUCAUAGAGUUAUAAAAGGAUUCAUGAUUCAAACAGGUGACCCCAAUGGAGACGGCACCGGUGGGGAGUCAAUAUGGGGCGGUGACUUUGAGGACGAGUUGCACCGUUCUUUGAAGCACGAUCGGCCUUUCACUGUAUCAAUGGCAAAUGCGGGCCCCAACACGAACGGGUCUCAGUUCUUCAUCACCACGGUUCCUUGCCCGUGGCUAGAUAUGAAACAUACUGUAUUCGGCAGAGUUACACAUGGUGCUGAUGUUGUGCUCAAGAUAGAGGGAGUGAAAACAAACGAACACGACAAACCCCUGCAGGACGUCAAGUUGCUGGCGAUAAAGAUCACCUCUUGA